CGAGAUAACGACCACCUACACGGCUGCACGGAGAGCACGAUAAUCACGGCAAUCGUGAAUCGUUACUCGUUAGUCGUCAUUCGUUAGGUACUUUUGCGUUGUGCUGUAAUAAUUUUUUUCAUCUCCAAUAAAACACAAAUUACGCAUCAACCAGAUAGGUGAUAGCUCUGUAAAUAAAUCGUCCAUAUUGUCUUUUCGCUCCUUUCAUCGUUAUACCUACCUAUUAUGGACAUGGAAAACGUCAAACAGAUAUUUAGAGAUGCUGGCACCGCGAUCAGCAGAGCCGUACAAUUUACAGAAGAAAAAUUGGGUAAAGCAGAGAAAACAGAACAAGAUCCAAAUUUUGAACAACUCGUUACUUUUUGUGAUAACACUAAACAGAACACUGAAACUAUAUUGAAGAAUAUGGAAUUUAUUUUGAAUUCUAAUCCUGGUAUGAGAGUGGAAAAUCUUUUUUUCUUAGACAAGAAAAAAUCUGGACUCAGCAGCUCUGAAUAUUUGGGAAUUGCCAUGACAGAAGCUGGGAAUGACUUUGGUCCAGAUACUGCUUAUGGCAGUGCACUUAUAAAAGUUGGAAAUAUACAGCAAACAUUGGGACUCAACCAAAGAGAAUUUAUCAAAUCAGCCAACGAUUGUUUUGUGAAUCCUAUGAAUAAAUAUUUAGAGACUGACAUGAAGACUGUUGUCAAGGAACGUUCACUUUUGGAAAAAAGAAGACUUGACUUAGAUGCUUGCAAAACUCGAGUGCGCAAGACCAGAAUGCUUGCAACAACUAAAGUUAAGCAGGAUGACUCUGGUCCUACUAUGGAAGAGUUAAUAGAUAAGGCUGAACAUGAUCUCAAGGUAGCUCAAGAAGAGUAUGAUCGUCAGGCAGAAAUUACCAAGCUAUUGAUGGAAGGUGUUCCCAGUGCUCACCCUCAACAUUUACAGCACUUAUUAGACUUUGUCGAUACACAGGCAGCUUUUUAUUUAAAAUGUCAUGAGUCUUUGAUGAGUCUUCAAUCAGAUCUUUCUGGAUUUCCAUCUGACCAAGACAAUAUUGCAACAUUAUCGCCAGAUACUCCAGCUUUAGGGCGUAUACAGCAAGCAAAAGUUAUUACUAGUCAAGAACCACGAGAUGCCCAUGAUUUAAGAUUAAGUGCAGGAGAAAUCAUUAGUAUUGAUGUAAAUUCCGACAUCGGUUCAAACUAUUUUAUUGGUAAAAAAAUUCAAAAAGGCAAGGUUUAUAAAAGCAAUGUUAGACUUUUAAACCAAGGUUAAAUUGCUUCUGUAUCACUUCAUUUACAUUCCCUAUAGAAUAAUUUUUUAUUAUGUUUAAUUUUCUUUCUAUAUCUUUCCAAAUGUUUCAUCUACGUACUCUUUCUUAUUAAUUAAACUUUAAUUGUUUUACUUAAAACAGCACGAUCUGAUUCUAGCAUGUUAGGAACAUUAUUUUAUUAUUAAAUUAGUAUUUUACUAAUAUAGGCUUUUGAUUUGUUCAAU